AGCUCUUGCGCCACCUGACGAAGAUCCUUCACGAUGCAGCCUACUCGGGCCAACAGGUCUGCUCGUGCAGGGUCUCAGUGAUGGGAAUCUUUGUUCUCGCCUCGCUGGUUCUCAAGCGUCAACUUGAGAAGAACAAGCGGCCUUGGCGGAUCUGGCUUUGGGACGUAUCAAAGCAGUUGGCCGGCCAGGCGGUCAUCCAUGGAUUGAAUUUGCUCAUCUCAGAUCAGUUGGCUCUCGCUGCGCACAACAAUCCUUGCUCAGUGUACUUUUUAAACGUCUUGAUCGACACCACCAUAGGCGUCGCCAUAUUCUAUUUUUCCCUCAAAGGCUGGACAUGGGUAUUCAGCAAGCAACUUCAUCUUGAAGGCUUUCAGAGUGGACACUAUGGGGUUCCCCCAAAGCCAUCUUUCUGGUGGAAGCAGCUCAUCCCCUAUAUACUGUCUAUCAUCGUCAUGAAGCUGUUGGUCCUCCUUCCCCUCACGCUUCCCCGAAUAUCCGAUCUCCUCCUACGUUUCGGUCAUUUUCUCCUCCAGUCCUUCGCCCCCUCUGUCCAGGUCGUCUUUGUCAUGGCAUUCUUUCCCUUGGUCAUGAACAUCGUCCAAUUCUGCAUCGUAGAUCAAGUCAUCAAAGCGAGUGGCAUGAGCGAGGAAGAUGGCGCCGACGAGUAUCAACGAAUCCCAACCGAGGGUGACGUGGAAGCUCCAGCAGAAUCGCCAGCACAACUGCAUCGCAAUUUACGUAGCAAAUUGGCUUCACCAUUAUCGUCUCCAAGGCAUCGAAAAUCACCGCUGUUGACUUCGGCAGAAAUUCAACCCACAUCGAAUCAAGUGAUCUAUGGCAGCACAGGAACUUCGCCCAGUCCUUCGCCUGGAGACGACGCGGCUGUCAGCACUUGGGUGCGGAUGGCUAGACGUCGUGUCAGCUCGGAUGGGAGCACGAUACAUCCUGACGGGUCAGAGGAUACGUUGGGAUUAUAUCGAGAGAGUAGAUCUGGAGCACCGUCACCAGAUUCCGCCAUGGGUCCGAGACUCGGCGCCAGUCUCGAGGGGCCACCGAGGGACAGAAUCGAUGGAGAUCGGCUGAGACGUAGUCUGAGCCCUAGUGUUAGUCCUCGUCUGAACGGCAAGAGCAAGGCUGCGUAGUGCGCUCAUCGUAAUCAAUUCAUUAUGUUGUAAAGAAUCAUACUUGCAUGCUCUGACUGCUCCGCUCGG